CAAUAGGGGCUUUAAUGUAAUCGACGUCUGCACGAGUGCUCGCAUCACUGCGGACGCUGCGUGCGAUGAUGCUGCGAGAAAAGGUGAAAAAAAUAACGAAAACAAGAAGGAAAGAACAUUCUAUUCGACACAGUGGCGGUCGUUAAAUCCCGUUGGCACGCGUGGCGUUGGCCAAAUUGCCGCAAGAGUGCUCGAGGACGAGGACGAGGAUCAAUCGACCAGAGCAGAACGUCGACGGAACAUCCCGCUGUAAUUUCGCUCGCGUCCCAAGUCCCAACGUGUCGAAUCGCUAUGUCGGCCGUCGCUACAGCCGUCGCCGCCGGCGCGUUUAAUACUAGAUAGAAAACAUUGCGUCAGUCCGCGCUAACGAAAUCGCCGUCGCGGCGUCACCGCCGCUGCUGCUGCCGUCGUCGCCGCCGUCGCCGCGCGAAGAGUCGUGCGCGUCUCUUGCCGCGACAACAGCCGGGACGAUGGGGUUAGGCUUUCGAUGGCGCCUCGUGUUCCUUCUGGUCCUUGGCCUGCUGCUCUGGCAGACCUCCAAGAUCUGGCUCGCGUUCCUGGAGGACGGCGCCGCCAUGCCAGAACUUCAGGACCAAGUGGCGACACCAUUGAGCGAAAAAGAUGGACCGGCUUCUCAGAAAGUACAUGUGGCUGUGUAUUACGAAGCGUUAUGCCCGGAUUCGCGUAGUUUCGUUUUAAAACAAUUAAAUCCAACGUAUCAAAAACUUUCAACGAAUAUAGAGGUUGAGCUGGUGCCGUAUGGUAAGGCGAAGACGACAAAAACGAGUGAUGGGUAUCAAUUCAUAUGCCAGCACGGACCGAUCGAGUGUCAGGCGAACAUUAUACACGCUUGCUCCAUCGACGUCAUUAAGGAUCCAUCGGUACAACUGCAAUUUGUGGCCUGUAUGAUCGAGAAUAAUAUUGAUCCGGUACGGAUAAUGAAAACGUGCGCCGAGCGAAUACCCAUUGACCUGGAGUCUAUAAAGAAGUGUUCAAACACUGGAAGAGGGCAGGAACUCCUGGCAAAGUACGGAGAGAUGACGAAUUCCCUCGUGCCGCGGGUAUCUUUCAUACCAACAAUUACCCUUGACGGGAGUUCUGAGCAUCAGGUGAGGAUAUUGAAAAACUUACUGAAGGAGGUGUGCCAGCGUUUCAAAGUCCCACCAAAAGAAUGUUUAUCGUGAGAGCACGCAUUGUUCACUGCUAGCAAAACAUAUCUGCAUAAUCAUCGAAUUUUGUUAUUAUGUUACACGAGUUUAAAAAAGUCAUGUAUGGAAAAUAUAGUAUUUUUCAAAAAAAAAAAAUAAAUAAAAACUGUUUUUCUCUGUUUUAUCUCUCGGUAAGACAAUUCUACACCUUGUGUAAGUUCGCCCGUUAAUUGUUGAAGAGUAAUUAUACGAAAACAAUACGUAAUUUAUCUCUUCGUAUAGACGCAUUAUUGCACGGAAUGACGCAGUUGUAAUUUUCUCCGUAAUCGUGUGUAUCGUAAGAGAUAUCCCGCAGUUUUUCCAUCACGUCAGAUAAACUUGGCUGUUUUUGUCGGGGAGAUAAAAUCGCUUGUAUUAUAGAUAAACACCAGUUUGCUCCCAUAUAAGUAUAUAGGAACAAUUUAUUAACUUAAUAUCAACACUUUAUACAAACUGUGCCGCUUUAUUUAUGUACGACAAGAAGUGAAGAACGCCUUUGAGAUACGGCAGAGAAUAUACUUACAUACACUAGAAACAAUUUUUGAAUUAGAAGUUCUGAGAAAUUAAGGAGCGUUAAAAUUGAAUGACUACAAUUGGUUAAAGUAAUAAAAAAGAAAAAAGAGCUCUAUGCUCGAAAUAAUCUGAUU